CAUCGAUAGCAUCGAGCAGAUCACAGCGGACUUGGAUCAGGAUGAUCAUUCCUGUCCGUUGCUUCUCAUGUGGCAAAGUCGUUGGUAACCUAUGGGAGAGCUAUGUCGAGUUAUUAGGUGCAGGCGUGAAUGAGGGCGAGGCUAUGGAUAAGCUGGGAUUAAAACGGUAUUGCUGUCGGAGGAUGGUCAUGACACAUGUCGACUUGAUCGAAAAGCUUCUACAGUACAAUCCCUUCGACAAACGAGACGAUAUGAUAGCUGGUAGAUGACAGGAGCGCAGCUUGGUGAUACCCUUCUCACCACUUUCGUUUUUUGGAUUUCACCUUUGUAUAUGCACACUCAGUGUACCAA